GGAAAAGAGACUGUUCAGAUGAAAAAGGUGACCCUGGCACGCGAUCGUGCAUCUUUCGAUCCCUCCAAGCACCUCGCACAUACUCCUCCUUCAAAGGUGCACACUAUGAAGGAGCUUGGUUAUCCUGACAGUCGUGGCGUUUCGCCGAUUGGUGUCUCUGAGCCCUUCCCGCUGUUCUCGACUGAGGCCAUCCGGCUCAUGCGCGAAGAGGUCUUGAGCGACGAAGUGUUUGCUAAGCACAAAUAUUCGAGCAACAUCGCUCAGUGCCAAUUGCGGGGUUAUGCAGCAGAGUGCGCACCAUUCGUCUAUGAUGCCUGGAAAAACCCCGAGACGCUGGCUAUCAUCUCAAAGAUUGCAGGUGUUGAACUCGUACCCGCCAUGGAUUUCGAGAUCGGGCACGUGAACAUCUCCACGAAUAGCGAGGAGGAGAAGAACCAGGCCGUCCAGGAAGUUCUGGAGAAGGUCAACCGAGCAUCUAACGAGGGGGUCGCAGGAACCCCUUGGGAAGAUGAGAACCCCAUCGUGGACUGGCAUACUGAUAGUUAUCCUUUCGUCUGUGUGACCAUGCUUUCCGACUGCACGGACAUGGUCGGCGGAGAAACAGCCCUUAGAAAGGGAAACGGCGAGGUUGUAAAGGUUAGAGGACCGCAGAUGGGUUCGGCGGUGAUUCUUCAGGGACGGUACAUUGAACACCAGGCUCUCCGUGCGCUGGGAACGACCGAGCGGAUCUCCAUGGUCACAUCAUUCCGACCUCGCGCUUCCGCCAUCAAGGACGACACUGUUCUUACCACAGUUCGUCCCGUUUCAAACCUAAGCGAACUAUAUCAUGGAUUCGCUGAAUACCGCUUUGAGAUCCUUGAAGAUCGUCUUCGCGAAGCCAACAGGCUCAUGCGGGACCGAGAGCGAGCUAAACGGGCUUUCGAUACUCGUGCUGUGAAACGAUUCAUCCGCGAGCAGAUUGAUUUCUUGGAGCAUAUGGACAAGGAAAUUGUUGAUGAUGACAAAGUUAUCAAGGGCGUCCUCGAUGACAGCCACUUGAUCUCCGAGGAUCUCAAGCUGCAGCAGUCCAGGAAGCGCACUUUCGCUGCUGUGGACUGAACCGGUCUCCGGAUGCUAUCCAAAGGCUGGUGAUGCUCUGCUAUUUCUCUUCUUCGACUUCAUCUUCUCAAAAUCAAGUCCGGCUGGUCUCGAGAUGUCAUUUUUAGGUAUUCUUUUUAGUUAUUCUUAGGUUAUCCCGCUGAUGGCUUCGGUGUCGCGCUGGGUGCUAUCGGACUGGCGCGUGAUAACGACAAUGGUUGC